UCGUAAUUAACGUUAAUUAGGCGGAGAAAACAAUUUAGUUUCAUUCGAUCAGCAAUAAAGUGCGGUUGCACACGACACCGGAAAUUUUCGCCUAACACCGCAGCACGAACUUCAGCUGUAAGUGGAAAGAGUGGGAAAACUGCUGAUAACCGAUGAACCCAGAGACAACUAACUAGCCCACGCAGCCAACAACCAUAACAACAACAGCAACAACAACAACAACAAUAGUUUUUAGACAAAGAGUACUGGUACAGUAAACAAAAACAAAAACAAAAGCAGCGAGAUAAGCAAAGACAAAGCAAAAGAGUUCAACUCGCUCGUUCGCUGAAAUUCAUACAAAUAUUUCGCAGAAACGAAAUAAGAAAAGUGAAUGCAAAAGAAAAACAACAGCGGCAGGAAAUCAGAAGUCCGAUUAAUAUUAUCACAUAGUUUUUGCAUACGCCCAUAUUCUACGGGAAUCGUCUGCCAACAACUGGUCAGUGCGGAUUGAGGCAACGGUGAGUGGAGAUGGCGCGCGAGGACGAGGAACGCAUCGUGGACAAUGAGGAGGUGUCGCAUCCAACGGAGGAAGACCAAGUGGUCGGUCGGGCCGGUCGGCAUGACAAUGAACUGAGUCUUCCGUCCGGCGGCUGCUGUAUGCCCUCGAGCACUAGCCAUCGAUUCAUGGCUUUGGUGUUCAUGUGCCUGCUGGGAUUCGGCUCGUAUUUCUGUUACGAUGCACCCGGCGCCCUGCAGAACGUUUUCAAGCGGGAUCUUCACCUGACCUCCACCCAGUUUACGCUCAUCUACUCCAUUUACUCGUGGCCCAAUGUCGUCCUGUGCUUCGUGGGCGGUUUCCUGAUCGAUCGCCUGUUUGGCAUUCGACUAGGCACGAUUAUCUACAUGCUGAUUCUGCUGGUGGGUCAGCUGAUCUUUGCCUGCGGCGGCAUACUGGAUGCCUUCUGGAUGAUGAUCCUGGGUCGGUUCAUUUUUGGCAUUGGCGCUGAAUCACUGGCCGUGGCCCAGAACAGCUAUGCGGUGCUCUGGUUCAAGGGCAAGGAACUGAACAUGGUAUUUGGCCUGCAGCUGUCGGUUGCCCGAUUCGGCAGCACCGUCAACUUCUGGGUGAUGCAACCCAUCUAUGACUAUGUGAGCAACUUUUACAAGGGGCAUACCGCACUGGGCGUCGUCUUGCUGCUGGCUACCCUCACCUGUGUGAUGUCUAUGACCUGUGCCCUCAUACUCGGCUGGAUGGACAAGAGGGCCGAGCGGAUUUUGGAGCGUAACAACAACCCUGCUGGACAAAUCCCAAAACUCACUGAUGUCUUCUCGUUUAAGCCACCCUUUUGGAUGGUUUCCAUAAUUUGCGUAGCCUACUAUGUGGCCAUCUUUCCAUUCAUUGCCCUCGGACAGAAAUUCUUCAUCGAUCGCUUUGCGUUUUCCGCCGCAGAGGCCAACACCGUGGACUCGCUGGUGUAUCUAAUUGCAGCAGUAUCGUCCCCUGUCUUUGGUUUCAUCAUUGACAAACUGGGCAGGAAUGUGACUUGGGUGUUUACUGCCACAUUGACCACCAUUGGAGCCCAUGCCCUGCUGACGUUCACCCAGGUGACACCCUAUGUGGGUAUGAUCAUCAUGGGACUGUCGUAUUCCAUGCUGGCCGCUAGCCUGUGGCCUCUGGUGGCUCUCAUCAUUCCGGAAUACCAAUUGGGCACGGCCUACGGCUUUUGCCAGUCGAUACAGAAUCUUGGCUUGGCGGUCAUCACUAUCGUGGCUGGUAUCAUCGUGGAUCACAGCGGCGGUGAGCACAUGUGGCUACAGUUGUUCUUCAUGGGCUGGCUGACCAUUGCCCUGAUCUCCACCGGUAUCAUCUGGGCCUACAACAACAAGCACCGCGGUAAUCUCAACAUGACACCCCAGCAACGGGCACAGUUUGUCAGCCCCGAGAAUUAUCAGAACUUUGAGUAGAAAGGGGAUACACAGGCGAACGGCACCCGCAGAUCGGUUUAUUAUCGGUUAUUUAGUGUAGACAUAAAGUUACUCUCUGCGGGCAAUACGCCUUGGUCUGCUCCACGAUGUGAUGAUGAUGUGUGAUGUGCGUCUCGAGUCGCAAAUUGGUAUUCACUAACUGCAAUUGUUUGUCAUCCGACGAUUGGCAUAUACAAUACGCCCUGAUCAGCCAUGAAUCAAAACGAAUCAGUAUUGAUGUGUCAAAUGCAAUAUCUGCGAUUCGAGCCCGAUCAGGCCGAUAUAUAUGUAUGCUAUUUUACGCUAUGUAUUUUUAGAGCAAUUUAUUAUUAAUGUUACCGCAUGUUUUUGUGUAAACGUUUUACAAAUUAAACUGAACAUUGAACCUCGAUUCCAACUAAAUGUUUACUUAUCACAACACAUUCAAGACUUGUGCGCCAAGGGCAAGGAAUCGCUAUUUAAUUGUAAAUAUAUACUCGAAAUUAUGUCAUUCAUAC